UCCCUUCGAUAUCUGACCGUGCGACACCGGUGGCCUCCCAGGUCCUUUUUGUCCGGCAUAAAAUCACAUCUCGCAGAACACUAGGGCCCACCCCAAGGGCGUUUCGACAGCUGCCACCGUCUUUCUGUGCCCUGUGUGCCCCCGUGAACAAGCAGCGGGAAAGAUGGGUAGGAAACCUAAUCAGCUGAUCUUAGAGUUCUUCAUCCGCGGGCAAAAGCUGGAGGAUGCCAGUAACCGCUACCAACACACCUGCAAGGCCUGCGGAGAGAAGUUCCCCAAGGGCCGCAUCGAUAGCCUGACAAAUCACCUUGUUAAACGGUGCCAGGCCAUUCCGCUGAGGGAUCGCCAACGCGUCCUGUUGCGACUGCACGAGCUGCCUGAUCUCGCGGACGGGGAUCUCAACAAAGACUCGAGCAACGGCGGAGGAGCCAAGGGCGGUAAGGUCGAUCUGCCGUACUCGACCAGGCCGAGUUUCGACGGCCUCAAUGUGUUGGCGGAAGCGUCGCGACAGGUCGGCGCGUCUGACCAGACCAAGCGUGGCCCUGGCUACACCCAGGCUGUGACCGUCGGAGGGAAGACGGUGAUCGUCGACCCGGCCCUUGAGGCAGAAGGCUUCCAGGGCCAUGCAGGCCACUCCGAGAAUGGAGAUGAGAACGGGGCGAAUGCGACAGCUACCCCUCCCACUUCGACCGCGCCCCCUCUUCCUGCGAUCCAACCUCUACCAUCCGUCGACCAGCCUUCGUCGACCUCUCCACAGUUGGGUGAUGCGUCCCUCACGCCGGAGUCGGCCCCGAGCGCCCGUCAGUCGUCGCAGCUCUCGAUGAUCGCUGCGUCCGCGAAUGAGAUGGUGCCUCAGAACCUGACAUUGGAUCAGGAGAACGGUGGAUUAGGCCAGGAUGGGCUUCCGCGAGUUGGCUCGACUUGGCCGAAUCAGCCGCUCUCUUCCUCCGAACAGCUGCUCUUUGAGAGUCUCCAGGAGCAUGAUCCGUCCCUGACAUCCGCCGCUCAGCGCGCAGCCACGUUCCCACGGCCCAUCGCAAUGAACCCGAGCUCGCAUGCUAAGGGCUUCGUGAAUGAAUUUGGAAAUUCCACUAAACCGACCAAACCCAAAGUUCGCGGACGGUUCUCGGCCACCAGGCGGCGCGAAGUGCAGGAGGUUCGAAAGCGGGGAGCUUGUAUUCGCUGUCGCAUGUUGAAGAAACCCUGCUCUGGCGAUAGCCCCUGCAGUACGUGCAGUAGUGUCGAGAGUGCUCGGCUCUGGAAACAACCAUGCAUCCGCACCCGAAUUGCCGACGAGUUCGAACUCUACAAUGCUGGCCUGCAUGCCACUCUAGCUUACCACGAUGUCAGUAGCGUGAAGAGUCACGUGAACUUUGAACAUUAUGCUGGCCGUAUCGAGGUCACUCACUUCGCGGACAGCUCGGUGUUCGUCACUUUCAGUGGCCUCCAGGGCCACAAGCCGUCGGUCUCAACCUUGGAUCCGCAGCUCCAGGGCCUGGGCGACGAUGGACAGUUCCACGGACCGCUCCAUGAGAUCUAUCUGCUCGACGGUGAUGCGGAUGACCUCCCGGGAAAGUUGGAGGCAUAUACCAAGAAGAUGGCCCCGUUCUUCUACGAGCGUGAAUCUUCAGAAUUCAUGCGUUCUACCUUGACCCUUGCAGCCGAAUUGAGUGAGCAGAAGAAGGAUACGCUUCUCGAACGUGUCCUCGAACUCUGGCUAGCAACUCACAUCCUCAUGGACACUGAAUUGCAGUGGAAGACCUUUGUCAAUCCGACUCUUCCCCCCACCUCCAUGCAUACUCUAGCCCCAUCUUCCGAUGAGGGUCGCAUGCCAGUUGAUGAAGUCAGCAACCCCGAGUCUUACGGUCUCCUCUGUAGCCAGCUACGAUCUGCGACCGAGAAGCGGGCUGCGCAACUUAGCAAGACCGUGAUGAACGAUCUCGAGAGAAGACUGCUCCAGCGUCAGCAAAGUGGGUGGUUUGAAACGUUCCUGGUGGCUCUAAUCCUCCUCAACUGUGUGGAGCGGACCUGCUGGCUAUUCCGCUCUUGGGACAACGACAACUACGCGGCGCGUUGGCCGCUGGACAAGCGUCCGCCCUACUAUGCAAGCCAGGGCGAUCGUUUCUCAGACAUCCUUCAUAUGCUUCUGAAGAUGCGCGGCUUGCCGCCAAAGACCACCCCGAGACCGGAGAACGGCAUUUUGAAGGCUAUUGAUGGUAGUGACGAGAAUGCGAUCCGCUGGUUUGACACCAUCAAAGUUACUCCCCAAUUCCUUGAGCAGCGCCAGUCUGCCGAAUUCGACCCGAAUGAUUCUCGCUCGCUCGAACUAAAGUACGGCGCGAGGCUCCUCAUGCCGGCGAACGCAUACAAUUAAUGCCGUGAAUCUCAUCAGUGCAGUUGAGGCAGAAACAAAUCUGCGAGUUCAACACCCAGUAACGAUUAGUGACGCUUGA